UCAACAUGGCGGCGCCCAUGGAUGUCAGAAUUUGACAGAUUAUUCUUUUACGAUUUAGGAGUUUGAAAGUCAAUGAAACAAAAACAGUCAUAAAAUGUCGCAACUUAUAGUCAGUGAAGUUUCAGGGAAGUGGUUGUCUCCGAGAUAUUGCGUACUUAACCAGUCAUUUCGAAGACUAAGCCGAGGUUAUGUAAGGAAACAGACUGCUUCCCAGAUGAAAUGUUGGAGACGAGAAAUUCAGGCAAUAAACAGAUUAUUCUCUGUGGAAAAAUAUGGGGCUGCCAUACAUUUCUUGAACGCAAAGAGACAAUAUUGCAGCAACCCCGAGAACACUGAGAAAAAAGAUUCUAAAGAAGACAAGAAAUCUAGCAGUGACAAUGAUAAGGAAUCUACUAAUUCCGACAACUCUUUCGAUCCCAACAGACUGCGCAUGUUGGCAUUAGUAGCGAUCUUGUUUCCAUUUAUAUAUAAUGGAUUUGCUUAUGCAAAUAUAAAGAAGAGGGCAGACCAGUCUAUCACCUGGGAAACCUUCGUCAACCAGUACCUGAUGCAGGGAAGGGUGCGAAGUGUGGGGAUUGAGAGGACAGGUCUUAGGGAUGAGUUUGCCCAUGUGGAACUUUUCUCUGAUUCUAACAGCCAGCAGUCUGGCAGAGAGGACAAGAUUUUUGUGCGGAUGGACAGAGCUGGGGAAUUCACACGUAAACUCCGCGAAUUUGAGGCCAGCAACAAUGUGCCCAGAUCUGAACAAAUUACCAUAUACCCAAGCAAUAGUUCUAACGGAGCAGAGUCACUGUUGUUUUUCUUCUUAAUGUGUGUUUCCCUGGGGAUUUUUAUGAGAAUGAACCGUGGUAAACCCCCAGUCUCCAUGAUGAAAGGGCCGCCCAAAAACAAAAACAUAACACAGGAGAAAUUAGAGAAGGAUUUGAAGGACAUGAUUAGGAAAACACAGAGCGAGAUAAAGAAAACAGAGAAUGGGAUGGGUGGAUUAAAAAAGCCAGCGAAAGACCAGAAAAAAGACUCGAUGCCUGAUUUAUUUGACAUGCUUGGAGGGAACAAGACGUUUAAGCGCGGGGACACACUGCUCAAGGACAAAGUCAGUUUUAAGGAUGUUGCUGGACUGCACGAGGCCAAGGUGGAAAUAAUGGAGUUUAUUGAUUAUGUCAGGAUGCCCGAAAAAUUUCAGGAAAUUGGUGCCAAGACCCCCAAGGGAGCCCUUUUGCUAGGCCCCCCGGGGUGUGGGAAAACCCUGCUUGCCAAGGCCCUGGCUGGGGAAAGUAAAGUGCCCUUUUACUAUUCUGCAGGGUCAGAGUUCAUCAAAAUGAUCGGAGGAAUGGGUGCUUCGCGAAUCAGGACACUAUUCAAGCAAGCCCGGGAGGAGGCUCCUUGUAUCAUAUUUAUUGACGAGAUUGAUGCUAUUGGGAAGAAACGGUCAGGUGGAGGAUCAGACUCAGUGGGUUCAAACUCAGAAGCUGACCAGACCUUAAACCAGCUGCUGGCAGAGAUGGAUGGCAUGAAGAGUACACAAGGACUCAUAGUUAUAGCUGCCACAAACCGGGCUGACACACUAGAUAAGGCACUCCUGCGCCCAGGCAGAUUUGACAGACACAUCACAAUCGACUUUCCAACCCUGAAGGAUCGUAUUGAGCUGUUUGAGCUGUACCUGAAGAAACUGACCCUGAGUAUGCCUGUGUCCUCCAUCGCUCCCAGGCUUGCCCAGCUUACACCUAGAAUGAGUGGAGCAGACAUUGCGAACAUCUGCAAUGAAGCAGCAAUCCACGCAGCUCGGGAAGGAAAGAAGACUGUCCAGGCAAUUGACUUUGACUAUGCCUGUGAGAGGGUUAUUGCUGGCAACCCUAAGCAGACGAACCCUGUUCCUGUCCCAGAGAGGAAGGUGAUCGCUUACCAUGAGGCUGGUCAUGUCCUGGUUGGUUGGAUGCUGGAACACACAGAUGCCUUGCUGAAGGUGACCAUAGUGCCCCGGACAUCUGCCACCCUGGGUUUUGCCCAGUAUAUGCCCAAGGAGACGCGCCUUUACACUAAAGACCAACUGUUUGAUUUGAUGGUUCAGUUACUAGGAGGACGGGCUGCUGAGUCUGUCAUUUUCAACAGUAUUACAUCAGGAGCCCAAGAUGACCUUGACAAGGUCACCAAGCUGGCCUACAGCCAGAUAAAGACCCUGGGCAUGAGCCAACGAUUUGGGCUCCUAUCUUUUCCCAGUGAUGAUGAACGGGGUACGAAGUUCGGGCCCAAACCUUACUCAAGAUUGACGGACCGUCUACUUGACGAAGAAGCGAGGAGUAUGGUGGGGAAAGCCUACAGACACGCAGAAAAGAUCCUUACCGAUAAUAAACAAAAGCUGCAUGAGUUAGCAGCGACUCUAUUAAAGAAAGAAACUCUACAGUAUGUUGAAGUGGAACAUCUCCUGGGUCCCUCACCAUUUGGGAAAAAGUCUGUGGUAGAUCCAAUCUCCUUCUAUGAUGAAGAAUUGAAUGAAGAAAAAGCUAAAGCAAAGAAAUCAGCAGAGAAAUCAGCAGAGAAAUCAGAUGAGAAAUCAGCAGAGAAAUCAGAUGCUUGAUUGAUAAAAAAGAAACAUGAGUUUUUCUUUAAUGAGUGUAUUAUUCCAAAGAGAAAUGUCAAAAGUGUGGUGCUGUCACUGCUGUGUACAAUUUAAGAUAGUGAUGACUAUUGAUUUAAGGGUGUAAGCACAAGUUUCAAUAAAGUGGAUACUAGAGUUUUAGAUAUGAUUGGAAACAAGAUGUUUCAUCAGUGUGUGAAAUACUUGUUCUUCAUGUUAUUCUCUAUGGAUUAUUUUUUAUUUAACUCAACUUAAAGUUGAAAACAUUAUAGCCGAUUUCUCCCUUAUGAUGUUAUUAUAAAUAAAUGUAUAUAUAUACA